GAAUGUAAAACCCAGACCUCAGAAGCUGCGAGGGAGAGGAAGAUGCAUGCGUUUUGGGGUGGCUGCCAGCAGGUGGACUCUGAAAGGCCUUAUAGAAGCAGUGCUUCCUGCGGAGGCAAGCAGAAGAUACCAGCCCGUGGAGGUGCCUUCCUCCCCAUCAUUCUGUACUACGCACCCCAGCACGGCCUGCUGGAGCAAGAUGAAGUGGAAGAGGAUUGCUGUCUUUGUCACCUUGCAGGCGCAGCUCCCAUUUACAGAUGCUGUAGCAGUUCUUGGACUGACAGAUCCCCGACUCUGCUACUUACUUGAUGGAUUCCUCUUCAUUUACGCAGUCAUCAUCACGGCCCUUUUUGUGAAAGCUAAGCUUAGCCAGUCCUCUGAACCACAGCUGCUGCUGGGCCAGGAUGAUGUGUAUAAUAAACUGUCCCGUGGGCACAGAGAUGAAUACGAUGUGCUGGGCACCAGGCGAGGCGCAGACCUUGAGAAGGGCGGGAGACACGAGCAGAGAAGAAAGAACCCCCACGACACCGUUUACUCUUCCCUGCAGAAGGACAAGAUGGGCGAGGCAUACAGUGAGAUUGGGAAGAAGGGAGAGCAGCAGCGGCGGCGAGGAAAAGGGAACGAGGCUGUUUACCAGGGGCUCAGCGCAGCGACCAAGGACACGUACGAUGCUCUCCAAAUGCAGCCCCUGCCCCCCCGCUAAGCGGGAGUCACAGUGGGGAUGGGCAGCGGCGAGGGAUGCCCACAUGCUUGGGGGGAGGGAGAGGGGGUGACGGGGAAAGCUUUUUUCAUCCCUAACAAAACAAGCACUGUGUACUUCCUCAGUGCAACAAUCUACUUGGGUUGGUGCACCGAGGUUCCUUCUCUCCUCCUGUGGAAUAAUGUAACCGCAAGCUUUAGCUUCUGAAGUGUACAUACCUGUAAAGUUAUUUCCCACCAGUAGUUAUUAGGUUGUUUUUGCAAGACUCGUGAGCAGUCCCCACCUCCUGACACAGCUGUUUCUGUAGCUCCUCCUCACCUUUUGGGGGCACCAAGACACACAGCUGCUGGCUCGUAGCAUUUAAGGACUCUCGUUAGCGAUAGGGCUGUCAUUUCCUGCAGUGUUUAUCUUCACGCCAUUUGACAAUCAGCCUCCUGCUUUAAAUUUACCUUUUAAAAACUGCUGCAGCAGAGGGCAAUUUUUAUUUCUCUAACUGUGAAAAGUGAUGUGGUGUCAGUGCAGCGAAGGGUGCCAGCUCUUUGACAUCAAACAAGACCUGAACUCCAACAAAAGAGGAAGUGCCAUGCAGACAGCACAAGGUGCUAAGAGCCAGGCAAUGGCCAAGAGAUGCCUGGGACGGCAGAAGCCAGCAGUGCUGCAGUGACAAUGAGAAUGGACUCCGAGUAUGAGAAAUGCUGGGAAGGCCAGGAACCUCACUCCUCCCACAUGGCAGAGGGCUGCAACUGCUGAGCUUCUGCCCCAUCACAUUGUUCACAACACCUACAACCACCACCGCUGCAGCCACCUCCCUUUGUAAGAGCUUAUGGGACGAUGGCUGUGUCAGGAAAAAAUAAAACUAUCACUUCUGGGAAACGGAUUCUUCGUAUAAAAGCCAAUACAUAAAUGCAGUUCCAAACCAGCUGAAUUCAUCUGGUUCCUCUAAAAAGAUGCAGGUAUUAUUCCAAAAUGGCAGUUAAGUCCAUACCAUAAUGCAUUUUUGAUGAAUUAAUAAAGUGAGUGUCAAAGA